AUGGCCAGCGCGGCGAACAAGGCUCCGGCGAGCGGUGGCGCCCGGCGCGUGCUGUUGUUUCCGCUGCCGUUCCAGGGCCACAUCAACCCGAUGCUGCAGCUCGCCGCCGUGCUGCACGCCCGGGGCCUCCGUGUCACCGUCUUCCACUCCGCGUUCAACGCCCCGGACCCCGCGCGCCGCCCCGCGGGCUACCGCUUCGUCACCGUCGGCGCCUCAGUGCCGAUCGCAGACCUCGUCCCCACCGGCAGCCACGGCACUUCGCCGAGGCGCUCCUUCGCAUCAACGAGCGUCUCGAGGCGCCUUUCGAGGACAGCCUCCGCCAGUUGCUCCUCGAGGAGGAGGGAGCGCCGGCAUGCCUGGUGGUAG